AUGAAAGCAUUCAUGAAAUCAAAUCAAAUACCCGGAGCUGUGAUGGCGUUCAGUAUAAACGGAACGAAUGUAUGGACGGAAGGCUUCGGUUAUACGGAUAUCGAGAAUAAUGUUGAGACACAUAAGGACUCCGUAUUCCGGAUCGCAUCGAUGAGCAAGUCGUUGACAUCAGCACUGGUCGGUCAGCUCAUGGAUCGCCAUCUCAUUGACCUGAACGCAGAGAUCCAUAAAUAUCUGUCCAAAGACUUCUAUCCGUUUAAGACAUUCAACGGAUCGGCAGUUAAUAUGACAGUCCGUCAGGUGAUGUCACAUACGGCGGGACUUUAUAGGGGAAUAACUGUUGAAGAUUUCGACAAAUUAUUACUAAGACGUGCGGACAAUGUGAGCCAUACUAUCCCUCCAUUUAAUGACGAGCCCUUAAUAUAUAAACCUGGUACUAAUUGGAGUUACUCUAACUAUGGCUACCAAAUGGUCGGGGCUUUAAUUGAGUCCAUACUUGACAACACUUAUGAGAAUGAAAUGCAGAAAAUGUUUACCCAAUUAAACAUGAAUUCAACAUUUGCUGAGAGACGGGAAGCCAUUUACAAACACAGACCACAAUACUAUCAUUUAUCCGACGGGACAUCCGGCACAUUAGUAAAGUGUGAUAUGCUUGACGAUCUCAUAUCAUACGAGGGCUAUUGGCCGGCCGGGGGUCUCAUCUCAUCGGCUGAAGAUAUCUUGAGAUUUGGAAACGCAAUGAUCUCUUCAUAUAAGGGAACUAAUGGUUUCUUAAGUCAAAGCACUGUCGAGGAGUUGUGGUCACCAGAGACCCGGGGCAUGAUAAUACCCCCUUUGAAUACUAGUGAAUAUGCCAAAGGUUGGGCGAUUGUGAAGGAUCCCGGUCCAUUCAAGGAGGUCAUAUGGCACGCGGGUGAUUUAACAGGUGUAUCGACCACGUUCAAACUGUACCCUGCUGAAAAUAUGGUUGCCGUGGCCUAUGUCAAUAUGGGGGGACUUUUUGUCGAGUUGGAAGAGUUCACCAUUAAGGUGGCCAAUAUGUUCAAGGAUAUUCUGUAA